AUGAAGAAAACCUUGACCAAUACCCGUAAUCCUAUCACCAAACCUUCUAAAAUCGCUCCUGAAAAAGCAGCAACAAAAACGACGCAAAUCAAAAAAUCUUCUCCAUCAAAACCCACUAAUAAGACGAAUGACACUGUAACUACUACUCCGCCAGAUAAGCAAGAAAUCCGAGUAUCAGCACGAGAACAAGUAGCAACUCCGCCACAACCACCUGCACCCAAAUACGUUAUCAAAAACCGUGAUAUCAUGACAAUCCCAAUUGCAGACCUCCCAUCGGCUCUAGAGGCAAUCUAUUUGCACGGUGAAUACACGCCACUAAUCCUCGACGAAACUGGCCGUGUCGAUACCUUCUUCACAUAUGCAACAGGAUGCAUAACUCUCGACAUGAAAAUGUACAUGCUAAAAGUCGAAGUACAAAAGACAUUAACGCUUCCCGAAGUCAAAGAAACCUUGCGAUCCAUGCUGAUUCCUUCUCUUCUAAAAUACGGGAAUACGAUGUGUUUCACGCUAAGCAACUCUGCACCCAUGUUUACGAAAUACUAUGAUCCGACGUGUCUUCCUUUGUGUAUCUUUGAGAAAGGUGGCAGGACGCUGAUGAGGAAUGAAGUUAUGUACUCGCCGUGUGUGAGACCGGAAGAUGUUGAUACGUACUCGUUGCCACCUAUAUUGAUUCCGAAUCCAGAGUUUAAGGUGCUUGUUACAAGUCGCUUUUCUGUGGAGGAUUAUGAGGAGUUUCUGGCAUCUUCAAUAAGUUUAGAGAAUUUCAUACCAGUCUGUAUAGAGAAGGAGAAACAAUAG